AUGUCCGAUUUCUUUGUUCCUUUGCCACCUGAUGCACCUCCUGAGCCUAUUGGCACAUAUGUCACAUCAUCAGCGCGUAUGAGUUCUCCAGGUCCAGGAGCAUAUACAACGCGCAAGGAAAUUUCAGAUGACAUUCCAAAAAUCAAGAUCAAAGGCCGUUAUGAAGAAAAACGCGAUGUUAACAAUGCUCCAUAUGUUGAUAUUAAGACAACAAUUGGAACUGGCAUCAAAUGGACUAUGAAAGGAAGAACUAAAAUUAACGAACCAGAAUCAACACCAGGUCCAUACGAUUACUCUAAACCAUUAGGAUCAGAUUCACCAAAAGUCUACAUUCACACUAAAACAGAUCAUGAACAUCGCGAAAUCACACCAGGUCCAGGCGAAUACAAAGUUACAUCAGAUUUUGGUGAUCCAAGGAAAGGUGCACGCUUCCAUGGUCCAAGUGAGCGUUCCAUGCCAACUAAAAACGACACUCCAGGUCCCGGUGCAUACAAGAUUCGUGAACCACAAACAGCACGAGGUGCUAGGAUUGGUCAGAGAACAUACAAAGAUCAGGUUGAAGACACACCAGGUCCAGGCCAAUACCAGACACCUCGUUUCUCCCCAAACAAGAACAAAGGUUACAUCGGCCAAAUCAUUCGCGAAACAGUUGACAUUACAGGUCCAGGACCAGCAUCAUACGACACACAGCGUAAAAUACUUGCAAGUACUCCACGAAUCUACAUGCACGGACGUACAAAAGAACAUGUUGACGUUACAUCAGCUCCAUAUCAAGAUACUCGGCCAAAAUACUCCGGUCCUCGUUAUUCCAUGCGUUCUAGAUAUUAUUCUCGUGAUACAGAAACUACACCAGGUGUUGACUAUUGUCCUCCAGAAUUUGGUAAAGAUCUUCCACCAGUUAAGAUCACAGGAACAAGGCGAGAGAGAUCAGUUGAAGUAACACCAGGUCCAGGUUCAUAUUAUGUAUCUAAAAGUUUCGGAAGUGACGCUAUUAAAUCUACUUUCCAUGGUCCACGAACUCGAGGUAUUUCUACAGCAGUUUCAGGAUCGACACCAUCACCUGCAGAUUACUCGGUGAGUUUGAACGGUGUAAGACCUUCAAGUCCACGAAUUUCAAUUGGCAGGCGUUAUCACAGCGAACAAAUUAGCCAAGGUGGUGAAUACGUCCAACUUCAGUCUACUCUUCGAGGUCCUAAGUUCACAAUGAGACCACGCGCAACACUUGACGUAUGUUACGGAUAA